AUGCUUUAUGCAAGUUUGAAUGGUAUCCUGAAAUGCCCUGUGAAGUGUCAGAGCAGAAUUGAAAAUAGGAAGAUGGAUCCCGUGUAUCAACAAAAAUAUCUUCACAUUUUCUAAGAGCAGGUGUGAUCUGUUGCAAACUCUGUCUUUUGUUUUUCAGACACUUCACUGGACAUGAGUGGGAUGGCACCAGAUCACAACAAUUCUUCCCAGGAAGAAUACAUCCCACACUCUCUCCAAAAGGAAGACCCCUUUGCAUCAAAGCUCUCUAGAGAAGCUGACAUCAUAGCUGGCUUUUAUUUGACAAUAAUUGGGAUCCUUUCAACUCUGGGAAAUGGGUAUGUUAUUUAUAUGUCCUCAAAGCGAAAAAAGAAACUGAGACCUGCUGAGAUAAUGACUGUUAAUUUAGCAGUGUGUGAUCUGGGCAUUUCAGUUGUAGGCAAACCCUUCAGCAUCAUCUCCUUCUUUUCCCACCGCUGGAUGUUUGGGUGGAUAGGCUGCCGCUGGUAUGGGUGGGCUGGUUUCUUCUUUGGCUGUGGGAGCCUCAUCACCAUGACAGCUGUCAGCCUGGACAGGUACCUGAAAAUCUGCCACUUGUCCUAUGGUACCUGGCUUAAGAGACAUCAUGCAUUUAUCUGCCUGGCAAUAAUCUGGGCCUAUGCUACGUUCUGGGCUACAGUGCCUUUUGCUGGGGUGGGGAACUACGCCCCAGAGCCCUUUGGGACCUCCUGCACUCUGGACUGGUGGCUGGCACAGGCUUCAGUGGCUGGACAGGUUUUUGUUCUGAGCAUCCUUUUCUUCUGCCUCCUGUUCCCAACUGCGGUGAUUGUGUUUUCCUAUGUCAAAAUAAUUUUAAAAGUCAAAUCAUCCACCAAAGAAGUUGCUCACUACGAUACCAGGAUUCAGAACAGCCACAUACUUGAAAUGAAGCUGACCAAGGUGGCAAUGUUGAUCUGCACAGGGUUCCUCAUUGCCUGGAUCCCUUACGCCGUGGUCUCGGUCUGGUCAGCCUUUGGACGGCCGGACUCAGUCCCCAUAAAGUUCUCAGUGAUACCAACACUGCUUGCAAAGUCAGCAGCCAUGUACAACCCCAUCAUUUACCAGGUCAUUGAUUGCAAGUUUGCCUGCUGCCGGCCGGGAGGGCUGAAGGCCAAGAGCUCUUUGAAGAAAUCAAGGACAUACACGAUAUCUGCACACCGGGACUCCACAGCCAUGAACGAAACCCAGCUGGAGGCAUGA